AUGGACCUAGUGAUUUUCUCGAUUGCUCUAAUAGUAGUUGGAGCAGUUUGUAUCUACAAAUUACACGAGCUCGAGACGAUAUUCGACGACAAUGCGAGAUAUCUCGGCUUCGGCUCGUUGGCUGUUGGAAUGUUGCUGCUAGUCCUAGGGAUAACUGGCGUGUGUGGGGCCUGUGUACAAGGAACUAAAUCGUGUCUUAUCAUGCACCUGAUUCUCCUGGCGUUACUAAUAAUCGGAGAAGCUAUUGGUAUCGGAAUGUUGCUCUACUACUCUGCUGAUGAUGACCUAGAGAAGGAGAUAAGUACUACUGUCCAGGAUGCUUUUAAGACUUACGGAGGAAAUGAGACUAGCAGUGCGGCUAUCACGGAUGGUAUCGACAUGUUUCAAGAGAUACUCCACUGCUGCGGGCAACACACCUACAAGGACUGGGGUAACAGUUCCGUUGCUUUUACCUGGGUCGUCUCUCUCAACUACGCCUCUUACCUCCCGGACUCUUGCUGUAAAACUUUGGAAACAGGCUGCGGGAAGAAACUGGCCCUCAUUAACACUGAUGAGGCAGCGAUCAAAGAGAAAUUCUACGUUCAGGGCUGCGAAGAGGAGAUACAUGACUACGUAGACAAAUGGUCAGGAGUUGUAACCGGGAUACUGAUAGCUAUAGCUGUGCUUCAAGUUGUGUGCUUCCUGUUUGGAGUGUGCUUAUCCUGCUUCAAGAAGGACUGA